AUGCCCUCAACCUCAGACCCAGCACCCCUAACCCUCUACCGCGGCCUCCCAGGCACAGGAACCUACAGCUGGUCCCCAUUCGUAACCAAACUGGAAGCCCGUCUGCGCUUCGCCGGUAUACCCUACCGCGUGGAAACAGGCUCAUUACGCAACGCACCCCGAGGCAAAGUGCCCUACAUCUCCAUCCCGGCCGAGACCCUUUACGAAGAUGGAAGCACACCAGCUCCGCCGGUCGUUCUGGGCGAUUCGACCAUGAUCACGAAGACAUUUAUCGAGAAGGGCUUAACGAAGGAUUUCAAUGCGAAGCUCUCGGGGUCGCAGAAGCUCCUGGAUAUGGGGCUGAUGGCAUUAUUGGAGGAUAAGUUGUAUUGGUAUAACGCACACGAAAAAUGGGUGCUGAACUACUAUACCAUGCGGGAUGUCAUUCUGGCUGCAUUGCCCUGGCCUGUCCGGGUCGUGGUGGGUCUUCUGGUCUACAGGAAAGUCACGCGUACUCUGACUGGUCAGGGGACGAUGCUCUUCUCGACGGAGGAGAUCGGGUCCUUGAGGGGGGAGAUCUGGGAGCGGAUCAAUGGUGCGCUUGUCGAGGCGAGAUCGCGACAUGGAGGACAGGGUCCGUUCUGGGUUUCGGGUGGUGAGGAACCGACUGAGGCUGAUGCGACGCUUUUUGGGUUUAUUGUUUCUGGGUUGGUCUGUUAUGCGGCGCCGGAUACGCAGAAAGUUGUUCGGGGAUACCCGGCGGUGGUGGAUUAUGCUCGGCGGAUUCAUGAUAAAUACUUCCCUGACUACGCGCUUUGGGCGUGA